CGUGCCUCCCGUGGUCACGAGCCAAUGGCGGCGGCGCUAUAGCGGUGACCCGCCCGCAACCGAGGCGCUCGUUGGUCGCGUUCCUCUAAAGGCAUCUUGAGGCGAUAGCACCAGUUGUUCUUACGGAGGCCAUCUCCUAAGUACAGUUGGAGGCGAUUCACGGCACAGCAGUCAAACCACCGAGGAAAUAAGAAAUCUGUCUGGUCCGCCCUUUUCCUUUGCCCACAAACCUAUUUGUUGCUCCCUCAACUCGUCCCAGGACAUACUUCCCCACUACCCCACGCUCACACAUACACCCUUCACCAUGGCUCCAGGCGCAGUCCAGAACGACACGACCAGUGCACACAAUAAUGUCACCAUCUUGAAGCCAACUGCCCGCUCUUUUCACCCCACCGGCACACCAGACCCCGCCAGGUACCACUCUGCGUCGUCACAGGCGGCCAUCAAGUCCGAGUCCGACUUUGCAGCUCACAACUACCACCCUCUGCCUAUCGUGUUUGCCAGAGCGAGUGGCUGCAGCGUCUGGGAUCCUGAGGGCAAACAUUAUCUCGACUUCCUCUCUGCAUACAGCGCCGUCAACCAAGGUCACUGCCACCCGGAACUCGUCAAGGCCUUGACUGAGCAGGCAUCGCGCUUGACACUCAGCAGCCGUGCAUUCUACAAUGACGUCUUCCCCCGCUUUGCUGAGUAUGCGACGAAACUGUUUGGCUUUGACAUGAUCCUGCCCAUGAACACAGGUGCCGAAGCCGUCGAGACAGCCGUCAAGAUUGCUCGCAAGUGGGGAUACAAGGUCAAGGGCAUUCCGCAGAACGAAGCGUUGGUCUUCUCUGUGCAGGAAAAUUUCCACGGUCGGACAUUUGCCGCUAUUACCAUGUCCACAGACCCCGAGUCUCGUGAGAACUAUGGACCAUAUCUUCCUGGAAUCGGAAGUGUCUGCCCUGUCACAGGCAAGCCGAUUCGCUACAACAAUGUCGACGAUGUUCGUGAGACGUUAGAAAAGCAUGGAAAGAACACUGCUGCUUUCCUCGUCGAACCCAUCCAGGGCGAGGCCGGUAUCGUGGUCCCAGAUGAUAGCUAUCUGCGCGAAGUGAGAGCGCUUUGCGACAAGCACAAUGUGCUCCUCAUCUGCGAUGAAAUCCAGACAGGCAUCGCGCGAACAGGCAAGAUGCUCUGCCAUGAGUGGAGUGGUAUCAAGCCCGACUUGGUCCUUCUCGGCAAGGCUAUCUCCGGUGGCAUGUACCCUGUCUCGUGUGUUCUAGGUUCCAAGGAAGUUAUGCUUACCAUUGAGCCUGGUACACACGGUUCAACAUAUGGCGGUAAUCCUCUCGGCUCCGCUGUCGCGAUCCGGGCGCUUGAGCUCAUCGAAGAAGAAAACAUGAUUGAGCGCGCAGAAACGCUUGGUAACAAGUUCCGUCAAGGACUUCAAGACAUCAACAACCCGAUGAUCAAGACGAUUCGUGGCAAGGGCUUAUUGAACGCCAUCGUCAUCGAUGAGAGUAGGACGAACGGACACAGCGCUUGGGAUCUCUGCAUGCUCUUCAAAGAGAAGGGACUAUUGGCGAAACCUACACACCAGAACAUUAUCCGCCUUGCGCCACCGCUGGUCAUCACUGAACAAGAGAUUGAGUCGGCCCUGUCAAUCAUCAAGGAGGCCAUGGAGGAGCUGUCUACACUGAAGGGCAAAACGGAGGAAUAGGUUCUUAGAUAUCUGGUUGAGCCGGAUACGAGCGAUUACAGGUGAGUGAACUAGUUAGAAGUGCGGCACCAAAGUUUAGGAUACCCUUGGUAGAAGUUUGUGCGAGUGUAGUUGUUACAGUUUGUUGUACGCGAGCGCAUACGUUGUAUGUUCGGGUGUUUUGAACCGAGUGACAUAGACGUUGGGACUGAAACGGCUACUAGACGAUAUUGGGCAUUAAUAGAAUACACCUAGCUUGCGGGUCAUCACCCGUUUGGGCUUUAUUCUUAAACCGAGC